AUGGAUGAUAGCUUUAAACUAGUUCUCAAGUUACAAACUCCUCUUGGAGGAUUUCAGAGUAUUUUGUUUCCUGCAUCGCAUCUGAUCAUUUUUGGCAUUCUACAAAGCUAUCAUGCCAAUGAGAGAUUUGACUUCAACUGUGAUCCCAAACCCAGUGAUUUUAUCAAACAACUUUGCUAUGACAACUACAUUUCCACAGUUACCAAGCCUCAUGGGUUAAUACCUAGGAACGUUGUUGCCAUAACCUUCAGUGUUUUGUGUGCAUGCUGGAUCGGCUUUGCAAUUUAUGGUGUUGUGACCCUUCGAAAAAGACCAGGAUGCAAGGAAAAAAACACAAAGAAAUUUCUUCGCGCCUACUUCAUCCAUGUAUUCUUUCGAAUAUUUUUCCUGGGUGUUAUGUUAGGGCUGGUCUGCAGUUACCAGACAAUUUUUUUACCUUCGGUUUUUAAGUGUGGUGUUAAUGAGACCUUGCAGACCAACAGUCAAACCACGCCAAGUCCACUCAACCAGAAAAAAUUAAAACUGCAAUGUAAUGAUCGUCAUCACGAGGAGAAAUCAAACCUAAACAUAGCUGUUAUCUCUGUCGAUGCCUUCUUUAUGGUGCUCAGUAUAUUGGAAGUCCUGCAUUUGUACCGUAUCAGGGAAAACUAUGUGCAAAAGUUGUUAGGAAACCUUGAAGACUUUGAGAUUCAAGAGUUACUGCAAAGUAAGUAAAUAUUUUAUAGUUUAAUUGCUAGCAAAUUACCAUAGGCAAAACACUGGUGCAGAAAUGUUAGUUAGCGAUAUAAUUAUGGCAAUGACUAAACCAAAGAAAGAGAUUUAGCAUGAGCAUAUGGGAGACAACCCAAAAAAAUUAUAGGAAGGGAGGGGGGAGUGUUUGUUUAUAUAUUACACUUCAUAAUUCUAAACAACCUAUUUGUGAGAGAGUCUUAUUGGUACUGUUUGGUUCACGUGGUCAAAUUCCAUUACUGAGAGACCAAAUGACGGUAAAGAAAGCAACAACUGGCACUUGUCAAUAUUCCAUUGACCCCUUCUCGGCAAGAAAUAGAAAUUUCAAUGAGUCACAACUUCCCCCUAAUAUCUAAUAACCCUUUAAUAACAGUGGAAUAGUUGAAAAUACAACGGAAGCAGCCUAGAGCUUGAUAAAAAGAAGCAACAAAGGAUGCUUCUGAUGCUUUGCUGGCCCUCCUUGACUACCGCACAACUUCUGCCCAAGGCCUUCAGACCAGCCCAGUAAAGUCGCUCUUGUGUCGAUGAAAUAUGCAGGCCGGGAAGUAUCUUUUAGCACCCAGACUUGGAAAUGGAAGAUUAAUCUAUUACAAGGCUGCGUCCAAAAAUAAUGAUUAUUUAGGGAUCAAUUAAGGGCAGAUGUUGGAAUUUGAAGCUAUGAGGUGGUUCCAGAAUGUGGGAGGAAAUUUCGACACAGAUGUGUUCACCCACGGAAAUAAAGUGAAGCUUUAAGCUCUCGCUUAACAAUUGCAGUGUGGCCAUUUGACCUUUCCACUGAGGCGUUAACGACCCGACUUUACAUCCUGCUAGGUGCGACCACAAAAUCUAAGGUCUGAUCUUUUUCUUGUUAAGAGGGUCACAAGUAUACAUCAUAGAAAUGUACUUGUAUCUGUAAUACCCGUUUGACUCUUUAAUUGCUUUCCGUAUGCAACAAUCGACAUCUGUUUACCCACCCGUGGGUGACAUAUUUUGUGAGAUCUCAAGGGUUUCAGUGGCCCCUAAAUUGGGGACUGGUACGAAUCAGCCAGUGAGUCGAGCACGAAUGACUCAAACUGGGUAUAAAUCGACUGGGCGCGAAACAUCCACAGGUAUGACAGACUAGGGAACGAGUUUUGUAGAUCAUCUAUGUAUGCUCAAAGGAAAUAAAAUUAUUUAAAACGUCUAUUUCAAGCUUACCACUUUUUGGAUCUGAUAUGUUAGGACCCGUUGCAUUCCUAUCACUCGUUGAAAUUAUUAAAUUGACGUGUACUCGUGUUUUACGUGAUUACAAUGAGUAUUUAGCAUUUAUCAAAGAUGAAGUUUAAUAGAAGCAUAAUUUUGAACAUGUUUUCCAGAAAAACCAACCAUCACAAACACAGAAGUAGAAGUUGACAAGUAUCUCAUUGUUACCUGGUCAGCACCUGAGGCCAGCAGCAGUAAUCGCAGCAUUAAAUACCGUCUGGAAUGUAGGAAACAAUCCAUGACAGGAUCCACAAAAAUCUUUCAACAAGGAGAUAUUGUUGAAACUCGCCACACGAUAACUGGUCUUGAGUAUGACACAGAGUACGAAGUAAAACUGUUCGCUGUCAACGAACAAGGAGACAGUGAGCCAGAUGUCAGAACAUUUAAGACAAAGAGUGGUAUGUACCUUUAUUUAAGACUUCUCACUUUACCUUCGGCAGAAUUGUUUAAAAUGCAAUAAAAUAAAUACUGUUGGGUCCUAAAUACAGGAGUAAUACUCUUUUCAUGAGGCGAAGAAUUGUGAAACUUUGUGACAACAGGUUGAAUACUCAUGCUGUAGCUCUCAUAUAGGAAAAAUAAUUAUUGGCCCAACAUUUUUUUACUAUCGUCACCUUUGAUUUGGUCGUAAAUUACAUUGAUGAAACUUGCUAAAAAGAGUAGUUCAUCACGGUUUUUUUUAACCUUCCUUAUUAUACCAAUUUGAUUAAUUUUAUUUAUUUGGUAUUGAUUUCCAGUCAACCACUUGAAAAUGAUUGCCUCUGAAAUAAAAUAGUUCAAUAAUUAUUGUAUGGAAUUAUAAAUUUCGUGUCAUUAUAUUGAGAUCCGCAAAUUUGCUUUAUUCUAUUCUUACUUCUUAUUUUUAUCCCAAUCAUUACAUACUUGUUGUUGAUGUUGAUGCUGCGGUUCUUUCCCUGCAUAAUUGAUUUUAUCACAGGGAGGUUGGUUAAUACCUUGCAGAUCAAGAAAUAUUCUUCUUCCUGACGUUUUUGCAUUCAUUGCCACUGAGUACCAUUCCUCCCGUGCGACUUUAGGUCUGCAAUUAAAGUCUACCUUUUCGAUGACUUUGCUGUUGCGGGCGCUUUAUAGGCAAGUGUUGGGAGGGGAUUAGGUAAUUUUUGAUUGAGGAAGGGGUGGGGGGGGUGUCAAAAUUUACUUCUCGAUCUACCCUCUCCCAUGCCCUCCCCCCAUCCAAUCGAGCUUUGGGACAUUCGGAUUCGCAACUGUUUUGUUAGCUCGACUUUCGUCCCAAACUAGAUAAGACUGGAACCGAUUGUCACAAAAAUCGUCGUGUUUCGACAUGUGAUACAGUAAAUCUAUCUCUAAGAGUCUAGGACUGCUCUUAUUCCGUCAAAAAGAACUGAAAUGACAUUGUAGGGAUAAGAAAAGUUUUCUUUGCUUGUAUCUUUAGCUAAAUAUGGAUCAACCCAUAAAGUUAAACUUAGACUUUGAGCAAAAGAAAAACGGCGUAUAAAACAGAACUUUACGGAUUUUAAAGUAUUCAGAUGCAAAGAUCUUACUUUAAACUCUGCAUUCCAAAUCUCCGAAGUCGUAACCAAACCAGAUCGCCGUUUAAGUUACAGAUUUGUGUUUUAAAGAUAAAGAAAUCUAGACCAAAACGUCCCGGACUAGUCACGAAUGCGUAAAGAAGCUUGUUUAGUGCGAACCUAGCCCUAGAUCUAUUGCUUUUGAAAGGCCUUCGUCUGCUCGGUGAAGAAAAUUGACUUAUUUUUAAACCAAGGCGAUCUUAUGUAGUUGAGUCCUUUCCAGCUCAUAGUUUAAUUAUUAUCACUUGAAUUUCAAAGAGAAUCCAAGUUAUGGAAAUUUUGUUAUAGGGAGCAGACAGAAAUAUCUAUUCUGUAAUUAGUUACUGGAGGUUUUCAGUGUAAACGUUGGAGUAUUGGAGAUUUCACCAUCUUUCACGGCUGUAGGUGACUUAUCAGUCAAGCGUUCUUAAUGAUAUGUCGCGCGACCCUUGUCAAGCAAUUCUGACAGCACUACAUUCCCCUUUCAAGGAUUACUUGUCAUGUGAUCCAGUGCUGUUGUUACCAACAUUGACAUGGGGAAGAGGGCAGGGGAGAGAUUUGUUAACGAUUAUGACGAAUUAUAACCUAACCAUAAAUAUUCGUGUAAUUUUAUAGGAAAAUUCAUUACCUGAGAGUGGAUUCCGCGUUAGAUUGCACGCGAGAACCGAUGUCACACGAAUCGCUAAGCGACGAGUGCGAUAUCGAUAUUCAAUCGUUUAAUUGAAUAAAAUUAAUAAUGGUAAUUGAACUGAGUGAAGUGCAAUUUGGGCUGAAAUCAUACGCGAGUUGCCAAAAGAUCCUCUUUGUCAUCAUGGCUGUAAUGUGUAUAAUAAUUUCAGUUCACGUUAUAAUCAUGAUUAUCUUAUAUUUUUUGUUCCAUUAAUUUUUUUAUAUGUUUUAAACAUUUUCGUAGAUACUUCUGAUAUAUUUGUAAUCAGAAGAUGUUGAAAUUCAGGGAUCGUACUGAUAACAGGAUACUCUACUUUUAGGCUUCUGACAGGACUACCCUAAGUUUUGCCAUUGGUUAUUUUUAUAUGAAUGAGUCUAUUUGACUAUCUAUCUAUCUCCAAAGAAACAAUCCGCUUUACCCUUUUGAUAGGGAUGGAUUUGUUACCCGUUAAUCACAUUUGACACUAGUAAGCACUCAGCUCUGUGCUAAAGUUAAUCUCUGUACUGUACCGAUAGAAAGUAUUUAAACUGCAUUUCUUUGUGUUCGGAUUAUUAAUAGAAUAUUCCGCUUUUCUUUUCCAUAGCCAUAAGUCAUUACACAACAUAUUUACAAGCAUCUAUUAUAAGCCAAACAGAGUUCCAACCCAAGCUGCUUGCCUCUCGCACGAUUUCCAAUGCGAAAACAGACGAAAUAUUCACUAAUCUCCUCAUACAACAUGGAAGAAAAGCCCUGAUUAAGAAUGACGAGACAUAUUAUUCAAGGAGAAAAGUGCUUGAGUACUACGGGAAUGUCAGCGGUACUCCAGUCAAGCACUGCAGUGAAAUAUUUCUAGGCAUGAUUGAUGAUCAGGAGAGUGCUAAUUCUAUUCUUGUCGUUGGAAAAGCAGGGAUUGGGAAAUCCCUGUUUUGCCAAAAGGUGAUUCGCGAUUGGGCCAACAACAAAUUAUUGCAGGCACAAGAAGACACUGGAAUCCCCAAUUUAAAAUUUGUGUAUUUGCUUACUUUUCGUCAAUUGAAUUUGCUUGAAAAUAAGUGUGUGACUUUAAGAGAAAUCUUAAACUUUUCCUCAGUACUGGAUGACAAAUGUAACAUUGAUGACACUUUAUUUGAGUACAUUGUAGAGCAUCCCAAGGAAGUUAUGAUCAUCCUUGACGGCUAUGAUGAGUAUUCACAGCAAGACUACAUCGCUGGAAACUUAGAAGAAAAGCAUCCCAAUAACGGUAGUUGUGAAAUGCCGGUGGCCGCACUAUGUUCAAAACUCAUCAAAGGAAAAAUCUUGAAAGGGGCUAUCAUCAUGAUUACCUCGCGACCAGAUGAAUCGGACAGGAUGGGAGGAAUCCGUUUUAAACGGUACGUGGAAAUUGCGGGAUUUUCGUCAGAACAAGUUAAAGAGUACAUCAAAAAUACUUCAAAGACGACGAAAAUAUGA